ACAGAAAUUUGCCCAACUCUAAUAUCGUCAUAAUUGUACCGGCUGCGCACACAGGAAGGGAAAUUUUGUUCGCUGCUCAUCAUCAAUGGCCGAGAUUGAGCUGAAGACUGCUCCAGCUGAUUUUCGAUUCCCUACAACAAACCAGACUAGGCAUUGUUUCACACGCUACGUUGAGUUUCACAGGUGUGUGGCAGCUAAAGGUGGGGAGGUUGGUGACUGUGAGAAAUUCGCUAGGUACUAUCGGGCACUUUGCCCAGGUGAAUGGGUUGAGAAAUGGAAUGAACAGAGGGAGACUGGGACUUUCCCAGGGCCACUUUAACUUGAUGUGGAUUUAUACAAUACUCAUCUUCUUCUGAAAUUUGGCCUUUUGGUUUCCUUUUGAAUGUCAAUUGUUUUUUUUUUUUUUUUGAAAAAAUGUCAAUGGAUUAAUAAGCAUCUUUGUACUGUCUUCUUAGAAACCUCUCUCAUUGUUGCACAUGAAUCAAUGGUUUCUGAAAAGCUUUCUUGGUUUGGGAGUUUCUAAAACAACUUAAUGUUGUUGCUCUUUUUUCUCA